AUGUCCACCUCCCCCUCUACUUCCCUUCCACCCCUCCCCCUUCCCCCAGGGAUAACCUCCCUCUACCUCUCAACCCCCACCCUAACCCAUCACCUCCUCGUCUCCGGCUCCCCCUCCCACCCCCUCCUCCUCCUCCUCCACGGCUUCCCCGAACUCUCCUUCUCCUACCGCUACCUCCUCCCCUCCCUCUCCUCCCUCGGCUACCACGUCGUCGCUCCCGAUCAACGCGGCGCAGGCCGCACCACCGGCCACGACACCCGUCCCUUCUCCACCGUCGACCUCCACACCACUACUAUCUCUCGUCUCGUAACCGAUAUGGUAUUUUUAGUUGACGCCCUGGGCCAUAAAGAUGUUGCGUGUGUCAUAGGUCAUGAUUUUGGGGCCGUGGUGGCGGGCUGGUGUGCGCUUGUGAGACCGGAUUUGUUUAAAUCCGUCAUCCUCCUCUCUCAUCCCUUUAAAGGUCCCCCUCUCCUCCCCACUUCCACCCAAACCCCGCCAACUUCAGCUCCCACCGAAGCCAUCCACACCUCUCUCUCCCAGCUCUCCACGCCCCUCAAACACUACAAAACCUACUACUCCACCGCCCACGCCUCCUCGGACCUCUCGACCCCUCUCUCCACCCUCCCCUCCUUCCUCCGCGGCUACUUCUAUCUCAAAUCCGGGCACUGGAGCGGCAACAGUCCUCACCCCUUAACCUCGAUUUCCACCUCGGAACUCCAAAACCUCCCUCCCUACUACAUCAUGCCCCUGCACUCCUCCAUGCGCGACGUAAUCCAAACGCACAUGCAACCCAUCCCCCCCACCUCUCUCUCGCAAAUGGAAACCUGGCUCCCCGACUCCGACAUCGCCGUCUACGCAUCCGAAUACGCGCGCACGGGAUUCCAAGGAAUGCUAAAUUGGUACCGCGUUGUCACAUCACCCUAUUACUCUCAAGAACUCGAGCUUUUCGCAGGAAGAACAUUAGAUGUCCCGAUGCUCUUUGUAAGUGGAGAGAAAGAUUGGGGAAUGUAUCAGGAACCGGGGGUGUUGGAACAGAUGGGGAAAAGGUGUACGAGGUUUAAGGGGAUCAAGGUGGUGCCCGGGGCGGGCCAUUGGGUUAUGCAGGAGAAACCUGAGGAGGUGCUGGAGAUUGUGGAGAGGUUUUUGGGGGAGGUAAAGCGGGAGGGGAUGAGUUAUUGA